AUGCAGUACGUUCGUUCCCUCACCGGCUCCGUCUCCAAAGGAUGGAACUCCAUCAACCCCGCCACCCUGUCCGGUGCCAUCGACGUGAUCGUUGUCGAGCAGGAGGAUGGCUCGCUGGCCUGUUCGCCCUUUCACAUUCGCUUCGGGAAGUUCAGUCUGCUUCGGCCGUACGAGAAGAAGGUGGAGUUCAAGGUCAAUGGAGAGAAGCUGGACUUCCCCAUGAAGCUUGGGGAGGGUGGAGAGGCUUUCUUCGUCUUUGAAACACACGACAGCAUACCGGAGGCUAUGCAGACAAGUCCCCUAGUAUCUCCCGUCGCGAGUCCGGAACUGAAGCCGAGUCGGCCUACCACACCGACUCUGCAAGAGCCCGACCCCUUCGAUCUUGAGGCAAGCAGUGGGCUAUCGUUGCAGGACGCAUCGAGAAUGCCGAAGAGGGGACACAGUAGGAGCACUACCGGAGCCAUACCCGUACCAGCAAUGGUGAGGAAAGCUCACAGUGAUCUUGGACAACUUACUCCUCUCUCCACCUCUCCAGAAGACCCGCCUAGACCGCGCCGCAUGUCAGAAGAUAUUGCUGGUCCACCUCUAGAUCGCACAUCAUCUGACAGUGCGAUCCCAAAAGCGAAGGCUGCGAUCAAUGAUUCUAUGAAGAACAGCGAAGUCAUCUUUGCAGACAACAACGAACGACCCCCCUCUCGUAGCGAAUUCGAACGUCCCAGCAGCCCACCUCUUGUAGAGCGCGAAGACGCGAAAGCACGCGCAAUGAACCUCUCCAAAAAGCUAUGGACAUCAAAUAUCAGUAACCAGGUGACGGAGGCUGGAGACUUGAUGCUUGACAUGGCCGGAUACAAGACCGGACACCUGGAAGCAUUGCAGGCCGAGAACAUUGCACGCCAACUUCUCUCUGAAGAGAUUGACGGUCCGUACGAUAUUGGAGCCCUGAUUGGUGCGGACGAGAAAGGAAACAUUUGGAUAUACAGCAGUGAAGAGGCGAAAGAGGCCGCCAACAAGAGAGCAGCAGUUGGUAUGGGGAGCUUCAAUCCGGCCGCUUACGCUUCCACCGAUGCCAUCUCCGAUCCUGGGUAUCACAGUGAUGACGCCCAGGGCAGUAACAAGUCCGACUACAAUGGCGCGCACACCAGAAGAGACUCGGACAGUGCGGUAGGUCUGCCAUCUCAACCAAGCUCUCCUACAACCGCUGGAGAUCCAAACAAGAACUACGCAAAGACGCUUCGCUUGACGUCGGAUCAACUCAAAUCCAUGAAUCUGAAAUCGGGCGCAAACUCGAUGGCUUUCACUGUCAAUCGCGCAACAUGUAAUGCAACACUAUGGUAUUGGCGGCACGACAUUCCAAUUGUCAUCUCCGAUAUUGAUGGUACGAUUACCAAGUCAGACGUGCUCGGCCACGUGCUCAAUACCCUCGGGAGAGACUGGACCCAUCAGGGAGUUGCAAAGUUGUACACAGAGAUUGCCGCCAACGGCUACAACUUCUUGUACCUGACGAGCAGGAGUGUCGGUCAAGCUGACAUGACGAGGGCGUACCUUAACGGUGUAGUGCAGGAAAGCUAUCGUCUACCCAAAGGACCAGUGAUUCUAAGUCCAGAUAGGACAAUAGCUGCCUUGCGGCGCGAGGUGUAUCUCAGGAAACCAGAGCUCUUCAAGAUGGCUUGUCUACGAGAUAUAAUGUCUCUCUUUUCAGGACAUGGAGGAAGCAACAACACUCACGAGGACGUCUCAGCCGGAUUGAAGCCAAGUGCGGGAAUGCCGGGUGGGUACGGAGCUGGAAGAGGCAAAGGCGGCAGUCCGUUUUACGCCGGGUUCGGGAAUCGCUUGACUGAUGCGCUGAGCUACCGAUCCGUCAACAUUCCGAGCACGAGGAUCUUCACCAUCAACAGCAACUCCGAAGUGUCUCUGGACCUGCUGUCUCUGAACAAUUACAAGACGGCCUACAGUAGCAUGCGAGAGAUCGUAGACCACUACUUUCCGCCCGUCGGUCUUCUCAUCAAGGGCGGAGGUGAAGAAUUCACAGACUUCAAUUACUGGCGGGAUAAACCUUUGGACCUGGAUCAGUUCACUGACAGCGAGGAUGAAGACGACCUGCCCAUCGAGACCGCGCUCCUUCGACUUCGCACGGCCGAGACACGAGAGAGCACCAUGCUUAGCGAGGACGAAGCCGGCAUGACCGAGAGCUACAUCUCGGACCCACGCGCAAGUCUCGAUCAGUCUGUUGCAGGCACUCUUGACGAAGACGAUGAUCUCACGAGCUCCAUUAUGGAAGAUGAGGAAGACGAUGGUGAUGUGGAGGAUGAGUACGAAGAGGAGGAAGAAUUGGAGGAUGUAGAAGGCCUCGAACACGACGUCGAGGAUGCGAGAGGUAUGUGUUGCACAGUAAUCGAGGAGCAAGCGAACAAUCUAACAAGAAACAGGUGGCGCACACUCACCUCGACAAAGCCUUGCCGAGCCUCUUCAAAGUCCUCUUACCCCGAAGGGGUCCGCGACGGAAGAUUCCGGGCGGACACCACGGCAACAACAAGCCAGCACGGGCUCACCGUAG